UUUUAUCCUUCCAGUGUCCCAUCUGCAGAAAUAAUAAUGCAUUUCUCACGGAGAUGUUUAUCAUGGGGAUCCGAAUCCCCUUCAGAGAGCCAUCAUGGGAGGAGAAUGAUGCGUUCGCUGAGCAAGGAGAGACACACAGGCACUGCGAUGCCAGUGAGUGCCUUUGUCCAGGAGGCAGGCAGGAGGCAGAGGAACAGGGGCCCUGGGAACUGCUCCUGUGCUCCUCCUGUGGUGCCGAGGGCACCCACAGACACUGCUCUGGCCUGAGGGACAGUAUAACCAGCUGGGAAUGUGACAACUGUGCUGGCCAGAGCAUCCGCAGACACUGCUGUGGCACGACAGCCUGCACGAACAACUGUGACUGUGACAGCUGUGCUGAGUACCUGACAUCCUCCGGUGAAUUCUCAAUCCUUGCCAGACUCAUGGAGGAGUCUCCUGCUGUGUCAACAGAACAUGAGACCAUCACCCCCAGCACCAGCCAACAGGCAGCAUCAGAGCAGUCUCUGGAAUCUCCCUCAGAGGAGAUGAGCAGCCCCAGCCCUUAUAGUCAGGUAACAUCGAGGCCAUCCCACAGCAACAUCCCAGAAACUGAGGGCAGCAGCUGCUCUCGCAGUCGGGGGCCUGACCGCCGGCAAAACCGCACCUGCCGGCAAAGUCGGCCCCCAAAUCCACAUCCUCGGUCCAGAAGUCCCCGUGACAGCAGCCAUGUGCCGGAACCAACUGCUGCGAGGCGCAGGCCCAGGCAGGGACAAUCAGGGACAUCCCCCAGGCGAAAACGCUCCCGCUGGCAAAGUCGGCCCCAGAAUCCACACCUUCGGUACCCGAGUCCCUGUGACAGGAGAUGUUCGCCAGACCUCCGGUCCCCGAUCCUCGGAGGCAGACAUCCCGCAGCCGAAACCGCUCCCGCCGGCAACGUCGGUCGCAAAAUCCACGCCUUCGGUCCAGAAGUCGCCGUGACAGGUCCCCUGUGCCAGCACCAAGUCCUGAGACCUGCACUCCCAGCCAGGAAGAAUCGGGGACAUCCCGCAGGCAAAAUCGCUCCCGCCGCCAAAGUCGGACCUCAAAUCCAUCCUACCGGUCCAGAAGUCCCCGUGACAGGAACUGCACGCCAGCACCGAGUGCUGGGAGACGAAACUCAAGGGAGACAACAGCCAGGACCUCCCAAAGGCAAAACAACUCCCACCAGCAGCGUCGGACCUCAAAUUCAUCCAGCGGACCCAGAAGUCGCCGUGACGGGAGGCGUGAUAGAGCCCCCAGUGCUGGGAGCCCCACUCACCGCUCAGACGGUGAGACAGGGACUCCCCACUGAUUCUUCCAUGUCAGACAGGGAGGAGGAGGCCCCCAAAGGGAGGGAGCCAGCCUCCACAGAUGACUUGGAGCUUUCUGGCCCCAGCAUGGCCUGACUGUCAGGACUGGAGCCUUCUGAUGGCUCCUGGGAACCCAAGAC